AACAGAGAGCCUAGUCAGGUCAGUGGUGAGGCUGCGUCGGUCUUUCGCCCCGCACAACAAAGGGCAAACCAAACCGCCUGCGUGUCAACACGGACUUGUUGUCCAGAAAAGCUGAAAGACUCGCGCAGCCCAGCCAGGAGACGCCAAAUUGUCGUGGAAAUUAGACAACACUCGGAGACUCGUCCUCUGAAGAGGUCAGAUCUUCACCCCGUCUCACUGCUGAAGAGACCGACUGUGCCGUUAUCUGCAGAUAGGAAAAGAAAAAUGAGCACCGACAGCAAAUGUGUCUCAACAUCUUCAAUGAAGAGCUGUGGUCCAGACGGACCGGGGGACACGAACGACUGGUCCAGGUCGAAGCCUAACACAAGCCCGGCUCCUCUCAGCAUUGAGAACGAUAUCAUGGAUCUUCUCAGCACGAGACUGAGUCUGGAUCAGCUCCAGACCAACUAUCACAAACUGGAGCUCCUCAAGAACUCUUCCUUCUACAUUAUGGUGAAACACGAAGACUUACCUCAGCUGGACAUUUCCGACUCCACCCUCAUGCCCGUCAUUGAUCUUUCGAGGUUCCAGCGUGUGAAGAGGGACGGCAAAAACCAGGUGAAGCUCCAGCUGGCGUUGCUCGAGAUGCUUUUCACCGAGCUAACCAGGGGUCGAGAGGAACUGGAGGACAUCUUGGCUCAAAAAGGUGCCCCGUCCCUCAUGCUCGGAGGAGCUGUGAUAAAGGAGAAGAUCCUCAGGCUCCAACAGGCGGCUGAAGACUUUGAUGCAGUGUUGAUUUCCGGGAAGCUCCAUGUCAAACACAGCCUGAUCCCCGUGCUGGAAAGCACAAGCUUGCCACAGUUUCAGCUGGUGCUGGAGGCCAAGAAGCCGGUGAUGUUUAACAGAGAGCAAACCCAAGCCUUUUGCGAUUCAGUGAUUCUUCAUUGGUACAUCGAUGAACAGGAGCAGCACAAACCGGAUGAAAAAUUCGAGAUCCAUUACAAACUCCUCAAUCCGACAAACGACGACGAAGCCAAAGAGUUCGGCGUUGUGGUCUUCCCAGGUUACGUUACUAAAUUCACCGACCUGAGGCCAGAUAGCAGCUACGAGUUCACCGUGCAGAGAUCGGAAGACACCGGUCUGGUUUAUAGGGUGUGGAAUGACACCAUCAUCAUCACGACCAGCUCACCACACACCAGCAGCUCUUCAGAUGAAAGCUAGCGGGACUCUUGUCUUCCCAGAUGGAGGGAGAUUUAUAAGAAGACGCAUCGACUCCAGUUCUCACAUCUGAUCAGUGUUUAAAGCAUUUUAAUAAACGUCACCUGAAUUCCA